GUUAUACAGGAGGAAUCGAGUGUACUCAAUCAUCGUUUUCAAUAUUCAAAUACAAUUUUUCGAAUACGUUUAUUUCCAGUCGUAAUAUAGGUCAACAAACACAUAAAACGUGGUUCCAGAAUAUCCUCUGUUCGCUCGCUGUCAAAUAAAUACCAGCCAAUAUACAGCGAUUAAAGCGACGAAAAAUUAGUUCAAGAUCGAUCCAUUAACAAAAUUUAUGAUUAACAUAAUUAUGUGGUGAAUCAUUAACGGGAAAAUUGUGAAUGAAAUAUUAGGACCAGAUGCUUAGGUCUCUAAAUCCAUCGCCACUCUAUUUUUUGAAAUUAAAAGAAAAAAUAAUGAUAACAUCUGAAAUAGCUAGGACAAUAUAUAUCAACGAGGAAAAUAUUUAUAAAUAUUUAAUAAAAGAGGAAGAAUUUUCACGGUUGGUCCACCAAGUGCACGAUGCCCUAGAUAUUUGCGUGAAUUGAAACGUAAAUUAGUAUAAAUGCAUUUCAGGAUGCAAACAACAUCGACUAUGCAAUUGAACGGAAUUGCAUCAAGUUGCAUCGCACGAUGGAAACACUUCGCGAGUACAUUAUACCUUUUCAAAUUGCAUCAUGCGUUUGGUCUUUCAGUUAUCAGGAAAAAUGAAACACACGCAACGCAUUCUCUUAAGUCUAAUUUUAGAACUGAUUAAUUCUAACAUUAGAAAUGAAAAUACAUGAACCAAAUUUAACUAAAGCAUCCAAAAGAACACUUGUUCCCUACGGAUCUGGAUCAGAGGACAUUUGAAGGUCACGAGGAUAUUUCCGUGGAAUGUCGACCGAGUGUAUCAAGGAAAAUGAUGAAAAUGCUAAGAUUUGUUAAGAUACGACGUCUCGUCCGUGGAGCGUGGUACUCUGAAAGCGAAUGCGAUGCUUCAGGUCCUCCAAGGCUUUCGAAGGAACACCGGGCGUGCGCUCCUUCUAUAAAUGCCCUAACCCGCACGAACGCAGGCUCGAAUUUACCGGCUCGAACACCUUCCCUGUGUCACAUACUUCGUAUUUACGUUGAAGCCGAUCAUCGAUUCUCCCAGAAGCAUUUCCGAGGAAUUCGACUUUCGACGGCAAGCACGUACGCCGUGUAUCGUAAAACGCCGGUAGUAGGAGGAGAUAAAAUUUUGAAAUGAACGAAAAAGAAAAAUUCUUUCAUUCCGAUGGUUAGCACGAGGUAUUCUUAACUUUAGUAGAUGGAUUGUUAUUGUAUGAAUUGUAUUUUAUUUAAAAAAAAAAAAGAGAGAAAAGUCCAGGUGAAUAUUAUUUCUCUCAUUAAUUUUUUUUACAAUGUUCUAUGAUUGUAUUUAAUUUCUUUCCUGUAAAAGAUAUAAUAUAUGCAUACAAGAUGAUUAUAACAAAAGCAUCUCAAAACGGUGGACAAAAGUGAAGUUGCAUUCACGAGGAACGUGUCGUGCAAUUUACCAUUCAAUAAAAAUUUUCGGACUGACAGAACGUCAGCAGACAAAGAACGAUGACGUUCAUAAAUUUCAAUGUAUAAAGAAGUCAUUUUCGGAUUUUUCCUGUUGCAGAUGAUAUAGAAACAUGAGCGUGGAAUCAGAAUCAUCUGAUAAACUGGGAGAGAUCUAUACUUGGAUCGAACAAAUAACAUUCUCCAAGCCGAAGAAAAAUUUGGCUCGAGAUUUUUCUGACGGUGUUUUCAUGGCAGAAUUGUUAAAACGAUAUUAUCCGAAAUAUGUGGACAUACAUAAUUAUAUCCCUGGGAAUAGUGUUGCAAAGAAAAUAGAUAAUUGGUGUACAUUAAAUCGCAAGGUAUUUUCGAAACUUGAUAUGAAAUUAGGAAAGGAUUUAAUUAAACAGUUGGCUAAUUCGCAACCUGGAGUGAUCGAAAAGGUCUUGAUCGACUUGCGGGCUAAAAUUCUGAAGGACUGCAACGCUGAUAGGAACUCUUUGUAUUCUGAAUUCGACGAAACCGCGAAGAAUGACGAAGUUAAGUCGGUGCUCAAUCCGGAGGAAAUAGCAAAUAAAACAGUACCUCGCCAUGUAUUUGUCCGACUUAAACAAGAACUAGAAGAUAAAAAUGAAGUUAUUAAUUCACUUCAUCAGAAACUCUCUCAUCUACAGUCUCUGAUAAAGCUCAAAGAUCAACGGAUUUCCGAUCUUACGUCGCAGAUAAUAAAAUCCAGCGACUAUAAUUCGUCAUCCGCAAAUAUAAGCGUUACAAAUUCCAAGUAUCGAAACAAAGUGUAAUGGAUAAAUUAACGUCGAAAGAAUAUUAUAAACAGUAAUAUACCC